UGCGCUUCCAGCUGCGUCUGCCCGAGCGCGGCACGUGCUCCCGGCGCUGGCGCGAGAGAGCGAGCGCCACCGCCGCGGGCCCCGCAGCCGUUCUGCCUGCUGUCACCGCUGCCUCCAUCGCCGACACUAGCGCUCCAGCUGCAGCCAAGGCCGCUACGAGAGCGCAGGAAGCCCUCGAGGAGCGGCUGCCUGGGGGCGCAAGGCUCAGGGCGCGCACCUGGUUUAGAAGAUCAUGACCACAUGGAUCAUCUAACUAAAUGGUACAUGGGGACACAAUGGUCCUUUAGAAAAUACAUCUGAAUUGCUGGCUAAUUUCUUGAUUUGCGACUCAACGUAGGACAUCGCUUGUUCGUAGCUAUCAGAACCCUCCUGAAUUUUCCCCACCAUGCUAUCUUUAUUAGCUUGAACUCCUUUCCUAAAAUGGUCCUUCUGUUGAUCCUGUCAGUCUUACUUUUGAAAGAAGAUGUCCGUGGGAGUGCACAGUCCAGUGAGAGGAGGGUGGUGGCUCACAUGCCGGGUGACAUCAUUAUUGGAGCUCUCUUUUCUGUUCAUCACCAGCCUACUGUGGACAAAGUUCAUGAGAGGAAGUGUGGGGCGGUCCGUGAACAGUAUGGCAUUCAGAGAGUGGAGGCCAUGCUGCAUACCCUGGAAAGGAUCAAUUCAGACCCCACACUCUUGCCCAACAUCACACUGGGCUGUGAGAUAAGGGACUCCUGCUGGCAUUCGGCUGUGGCCCUAGAGCAGAGCAUUGAGUUCAUAAGAGAUUCCCUCAUUUCUUCAGAAGAGGAAGAAGGCUUGGUACGCUGUGUGGAUGGCUCCUCCUCUUCCUUCCGCUCCAAGAAGCCCAUAGUAGGGGUCAUUGGGCCUGGCUCCAGUUCUGUAGCCAUUCAGGUCCAGAAUUUGCUCCAGCUUUUCAACAUACCUCAGAUUGCUUACUCAGCAACCAGCAUGGAUCUGAGUGACAAGACUCUGUUCAAAUAUUUCAUGAGGGUUGUGCCUUCAGAUGCUCAGCAGGCGAGGGCCAUGGUGGACAUAGUGAAGAGGUACAACUGGACCUAUGUAUCAGCCGUGCACACAGAAGGCAACUAUGGAGAAAGUGGGAUGGAAGCCUUCAAAGAUAUGUCAGCGAAGGAAGGGAUUUGCAUCGCCCACUCUUACAAAAUCUACAGUAAUGCAGGGGAGCAGAGCUUUGAUAAGCUGCUGAAGAAGCUCACAAGUCACUUGCCCAAGGCCCGGGUGGUGGCCUGCUUCUGUGAGGGCAUGACGGUGAGAGGUCUGCUGAUGGCCAUGAGGCGCCUGGGUCUAGCGGGAGAAUUUCUGCUUCUGGGCAGUGAUGGCUGGGCUGACAGGUAUGAUGUGACAGAUGGAUAUCAGCGAGAAGCUGUUGGUGGCAUCACAAUCAAGCUCCAAUCUCCCGAUGUCAAGUGGUUUGAUGAUUAUUAUCUGAAGCUCCGGCCAGAAACAAACCACCGAAACCCUUGGUUUCAAGAAUUUUGGCAGCAUCGUUUUCAGUGCCGACUGGAAGGGUUUCCACAGGAGAACAGCAAAUACAACAAGACUUGCAAUAGUUCUCUGACUCUGAAAACACAUCAUGUUCAGGAUUCCAAAAUGGGAUUUGUGAUCAACGCCAUCUAUUCGAUGGCCUAUGGGCUCCACAACAUGCAGAUGUCUCUCUGCCCAGGCUAUGCAGGACUCUGUGAUGCCAUGAAGCCAAUUGAUGGACGGAAACUUUUGGAGUCCCUGAUGAAAACCAAUUUUACUGGGGUUUCUGGAGAUACGAUCCUAUUUGAUGAGAAUGGAGACUCUCCAGGAAGGUAUGAAAUAAUGAAUUUCAAGGAAAUGGGAAAAGAUUACUUUGAUUAUAUCAACGUUGGAAGUUGGGACAAUGGAGAAUUAAAAAUGGAUGAUGAUGAAGUAUGGUCCAAGAAAAGCAACAUCAUCAGAUCUGUGUGCAGUGAACCAUGUGAGAAAGGCCAGAUCAAGGUGAUCCGAAAGGGAGAAGUCAGCUGUUGUUGGACCUGUACACCUUGUAAGGAGAAUGAGUAUGUCUUUGAUGAGUACACAUGCAAGGCAUGCCAACUGGGGUCUUGGCCCACUGAUGAUCUCACAGGUUGUGACUUGAUCCCAGUACAGUAUCUUCGAUGGGGUGACCCUGAACCCAUUGCAGCUGUGGUGUUUGCCUGCCUUGGCCUCCUGGCCACCCUGUUUGUUACUGUAGUCUUCAUCAUUUACCGUGAUACACCAGUAGUCAAGUCCUCAAGCAGGGAACUCUGCUACAUUAUCCUUGCUGGCAUCUGCCUGGGCUACUUAUGUACCUUCUGCCUCAUUGCGAAGCCCAAACAGAUUUACUGCUACCUUCAGAGAAUUGGCAUUGGUCUCUCCCCAGCCAUGAGCUACUCAGCCCUUGUAACAAAGACCAACCGUAUUGCAAGGAUCCUGGCUGGCAGCAAGAAGAAGAUCUGUACCAAAAAGCCCAGAUUCAUGAGUGCCUGUGCCCAGCUAGUGAUUGCUUUCAUUCUCAUAUGCAUCCAGUUGGGCAUCAUCGUUGCCCUCUUUAUAAUGGAGCCUCCUGACAUAAUGCAUGACUACCCAAGCAUUCGAGAAGUCUACCUGAUCUGUAACACCACCAACCUAGGAGUUGUCACUCCACUUGGAUACAAUGGAUUGUUGAUUUUGAGCUGCACCUUCUAUGCGUUCAAGACCAGAAAUGUUCCAGCUAACUUCAACGAGGCCAAGUAUAUCGCCUUCACAAUGUACACGACCUGCAUUAUAUGGCUAGCUUUUGUGCCAAUCUACUUUGGCAGCAACUACAAAAUCAUCACCAUGUGUUUCUCGGUCAGCCUCAGUGCCACAGUGGCCCUAGGCUGCAUGUUUGUGCCGAAGGUGUACAUCAUCCUGGCCAAACCAGAGAGAAACGUGCGCAGCGCCUUCACCACAUCUACCGUGGUGCGCAUGCAUGUAGGGGAUGGCAAGUCAUCCUCCGCAGCCAGCAGAUCCAGCAGCCUAGUCAACCUGUGGAAGAGAAGGGGCUCCUCUGGGGAAACCUUAAGGUACAAAGACAGGAGACUGGCCCAGCACAAGUCGGAAAUAGAGUGUUUCACCCCCAAAGGGAGUAUGGGGAAUGGUGGGAGAGCAACAAUGAGCAGUUCCAAUGGAAAAUCCGUCACGUGGGCCCAGAAUGAGAAGAGCAGCCGGGGGCAGCACCUGUGGCAGCGCCUGUCCAUCCACAUCAACAAGAAAGAAAACCCCAACCAAACGGCCGUUAUCAAGCCCUUCCCCAAGAGCACGGAGAGCCGUGGCCUGGGCGCUGGCGCAGGCGGGAGCGCUGGGGGCGUGGGGGCCACGGGCGGUGCGGGCUGCGCAGGCGCCGGCCCAGGCGGGCCCGAGUCCCCAGACGCCGGCCCCAAGGCGCUGUAUGAUGUGGCGGAGGCUGAGGAGCACUUCUCGGCGCCCGCGCGGCCGCGCUCACCGUCGCCCAUCAGCACGCUGAGCCACCGCGCGGGCUCGGCCAGCCGCACGGACGAGGAUGUGCCGUCGCUACACUCGGAGCCUGUGGCGCGCAGCAGCUCCUCGCAGGGCUCCCUCAUGGAGCAGAUCAGCAGUGUGGUCACCCGCUUCACGGCCAACAUCAGCGAGCUCAACUCCAUGAUGCUGUCCACCGCGGCCCCCAGCCCCGGCGUCGGCGCCCCGCUCUGCUCGUCCUACCUGAUCCCCAAAGAGAUCCAGUUGCCCACGACCAUGACGACCUUUGCCGAAAUCCAGCCUCUGCCGGCCAUCGAGGUCACGGGCGGCGCGCAGCCUGCGGCAGGGGCGCAGGCGGCUGGGGACGCGGCCCGGGAGAGCCCCGCGGCCGGUCCCGAGGCUGCGGCCGCCAAGCCAGACCUGGAGGAGUUGGUGGCUCUCACCCCGCCGUCCCCCUUCAGAGACUCGGUGGACUCGGGGAGCACAACCCCCAACUCGCCAGUGUCCGAGUCGGCCCUCUGUAUCCCGUCGUCUCCCAAAUAUGACACUCUUAUCAUAAGAGAUUACACUCAGAGCUCCUCGUCGUUGUGAAUGUCCCUGGAAAGCGCGCCGGCCUGCGCGUGCGGAGCGGAGCCCCCCGUGUUCACACACACAAUGGCAAGCAUAGUCGCCUGGUUACGGCCCAGGGGGAAGAUGCCAAGGGCACCCCUUAAUGGAAACACGAGAUCAAUAGUGCUAUCUCAUGACAACCGACGAAGAAACCGACGACAAAUCUUUUGGCAGAUUUUCUUCUAGUGGCCUUAGAAAACAUGGGCUUUUAAGAAACACGGCUGAUAUCUUUGAGGGCUGACAAGGCGUCUCUUCAAACAGUUCCAUACCAAGUGCUUUGCUCUAGGGAAGCAGUGCGUGUGAAACAGCGUAACGGAGGGUGAAGAGCAUAGUUAAUAAGCAACUGUAAAAAGUUUCAUUUGUUUACUUUAAUUCUUUUCCCAGAAGAGUCUUUGAUUCACCAAACAUGAAUGUACAUUUUCUAACAAACUCAAAAUCUGGGACCAAAACAUCAACUUUUUUUUUCUUUUUUCUUUCUUUUUGUUUUUUCUUUCCUGUAAAGACCUUGAAAAGCAGUAACUUGGGUCCAGUAUUUACGGAGGCGUUGUGAAUGUGUCCCAUGCAUAACACACUACUGGAUAGUGAGUGCUGCGCUAAUAUACUACGUAGGGCUUCUACCAGAGAUUUUCCUCUCCAACUGGGUUGUGAAAUACUCUUCCAAAAGCCUGCAUCGGGGAUUCCACCUACUUAUUUCAGAUUCACCUCCAUUAACCAAGAAAACCAGUGGAAGAUUUCUUGACUAUUUCACCAUGUUGCCAAUCAAUACUGGAGUAGCAAAAAAAAUAUUUUCUGGAAUACUGUUUUGUAAUUCCCUCACUGGGGUGCAUUGUAGCUGGAAAUUCUCUUUAUAAUAAUCAUUCUUGAGCUCCAGCCUGGCUAUCUCUUUCAAGAAACAUGGCCACUCUUUAGGAAUGCUGUUCCGUUUGCAUUGCCAACUAAAAUAUUAAAAUAUGCAUUGGGGCUUCUUCAUUCCUUUAUUUUGAGAACCUGAUGCACAAAGAGCUCCUUUGUUCUUUUCGAGUCCCACCACUGGAAGAGUGCUCCAUAGACCCCAUGAAGACAUUGUCAUGAUUUGAGAGACUGUUGUUGAAAGGAUUAACACAAUCUUAAUACAUUGAAAAUUUUAACUGUGUCAAGUCAGCUUAGUGGAGAUUUAGCUAUGCCAGUGAGCAGUGAUUUUAACUAUUCUUGGCUGCUUAAACAGGGCAGCUAUGAACUAUGACAAAUGUAGAUUUUUCAAAGCAAUACAAAAUACUAAAAAAGAGGAACCUUAAUGAAUAUUAACCACACAGUCUUUCUUAGCCAUUCCAAAAAGAGGCAAAACAAUUCUUAUUUUCUUUUUUAAAAUAAUGAUUAAUAUGAUUUUGUGCACUUCAUACUGUCACUUUUUAAAACUGCAGAAAAGAGAUUUAGAGUAUAACAGAAACAAGUGUGCUUUGAUAGUCUCAAAUAGGUAGAAUUCAUAGUUCAAGACCUGAAUCCACUGUCAUCUCUUUCUUCCUCCCAUUGCAGCUAUCCUCAGGUACCAAAUGUUUUGAUUUUUAAAUAAGGAUAGUAAUAAAUGGAGGAGGUGUCCUAUAAAUUUAAAGUUCAGUUGACCCAGCCUUAUACUUAAGAUAGCCUUAUGAAAAAUAUGUGCUGUGAGGCAGAAGUAUAUUUUGGCAGAGAGAAUAAUAAAUAAAACAUUUUCUUUUAGCUCAAUAUCCUUACUUUGGUAAGUAUUUUUUUUUUUUAUUUCACAUCUACUUAACAGAAAAUAAACUGAUAAAUAGAAGUCAGUCCAUUGGCAUAAUUUAUCAUUCUUCACUUUAAAAAAUUCUAAUAAAUAUUCUGCUUGAGUUUUCUUUUCUGCUAUUUGUUCUUACUUGCAACUUUAAGUCAAACCUCCCAAUACAAAACAUUAAAAGCUAACAUUAAUGUACUAAAGUAUUAAUUUAAAAGAAAUCGAACCUCCCAUGCUAGAUUUGAAAAUAACAUCAUCACAGCACCUGAUCCCAAAUAUUACACCGAGGCUUUAAAAAUGUAAGUGAAAUCUAUCUAAGUUUCUAGGUUUCAUUAAAAGCAAAUAAAUGUCUGCCUCUAUCUGAAAAACAAAUGGAAAUCUUUUGAGGUGUUAAUACCCUUUGGAUCCUCAUCAAAAGGAUGACAUUCACCUGAGGAUUCCUAUCUUGACUUCUUAGGUAUUAAAAACCUUUCUUGAUAUGCUCUACAUUUUAAAAUUUGUUUCAUAAAAUCCUUAUGUUGAUUUUCAUUUCAUUCUCAAGUACAAUACCUUUCACUCUAGACCAAUUGAAGAACAUGUUUAAACUUUGUUCAUGGUCAAAUUCAUUUUCUAUUUUUUAGUAACAUAUCUCUUAAAAAGUACACUACCUUAUAAAAAACUUCAUAAGAAAUUAAAUUUAAUGCAAGUAAAUUGCCAUCUGAUACUUCCACAUGCUAUCAUAAUCAACUGUAAUAAUAAAAAUGAUUUAUCCAAUUAGAAGAGAACAAGAUAUAUUUUUCUCCGUAUUUCUAUAACUUUUGCCACUCCAUUGAAUACAUUUUAUGUUGGACAUAAGAUUAUUAGUAACGCAUUCUUGAGAUCUUUUAUUUUGGAAUGAUGCUAACUCUGUCUCUUUGCCAAUUCUAAUACCAGGUUCCAAGUAAUAACUCUACAGUACAAAGAGAACUGAAUAUUCAUUCUAGGGCUAUAGGAUAUGAACUUCACAAUUCAUUUGGGUACAUUCUCAUUGAAUUUCCUUCAAAACAAUCUGUUCCUGGUGCCCAGUGAUAAUUCAGUUGGGACCAGCAUGACUAAAAGGAAGGGGAUAUGCUAAGGCUCAGCAAAGUGACCCUAAAUGGGAGAUAUGUCCCAGGAUGGAAAGAAGAAGACGUGGUUUAACCAAGUUAUACUGACUAAUCUAAGCAGUCCACUCAUCCUUCUAUUUUGGGAAAGGAGUGGGGGCAGCCUAAGAAGAACAUAUCUGGAUUGGGAAGAACCGUCUUUCUGGGCUAGGGAUGGGGAACAGAAAGGGAGUAUGGAAAGAAAAAUUAUAAGAGAUUUGACUGAAGCAAGGAAAAAAAGCAAAUCCCCAAACGUACUAAUCCUUGAAAGUAACUAUCUUUCCCAAACUACUGCUGUUACCAGCAAGUGAUCAGGAAGACUAGGAGCUAUUUCUGACUGUAAAUGAAUUGUAUAAUAGCUCUGCUGCAGUUCUGUGACUUCCAAGCCAGGAAUUAAAUGUUCUUUUUAAGAAUAACAAAAAACAAAAGCAUUUCCUAUGCUAGUCUCCCAGUAAAAUGUACAUGUUUUGGAGACUUCAAAGGUAUUAUGUGAGUUCACAUUUAGCAACAGCUUAUUAAUAACCCUCAAGCUGUCAGAAUCUCUAUAGUUACCAUUUACAAUUUUAUACUGUGAAAAAAUACAGAUCAGUGAAAGCAUAAAGACAAGUCAGAAUUCACUUUGAAGAGGGUCUGAGGCCUGGGAGAGUCUCUACUGUCUAUUGAAGAAUGAGGCAUGUAUAAAAUAGUUGGUUGAAUUUCACUGAUCUUCCCAAUGUGAACAAAUAUACUAUGUAUAUUGUGUGUAUUUCUAGAAAUCAAUGGCAGCUGCUGAUGGUGUUGUAAUUAGAAAUCUAUAUAGAUUAUAGAUGUUUUAGAAAGAUGGUGCCAAUCCUAAAAGAUUUGUGUGGGCUAAAAGUGCUUGUACUUACUUUUUUCUGCACUUAUAACUGAUUUGGUUUUAAAAUUGUGUGCGUGUAUCUGUUCUUUCUCUGUUGUGGCAGCUUGUACUAUUAAAAUAAUAGAGAAUGUUAAAUUAUUUUGAUGUGAAUUGCAAAUGAUUUUUUUCAUAAAGUUUAACAUUUUUAUCAGCAUUGUUUUGCUUUGUACUUGUAUAAAUAUGUUUUAUUUUAGCACUUCAAAAUAUACUUGCCUGUUUCUCAGUUGUCUAAAUCAUGUUGUACUUGGUGUUUGUGAAGCCAGUUACUUUUCAAAAAAAUUAAAAAACCUAUAAUAUGAUUUUAAGAUUAUUCCCCUCAAAUGUUUAGAAUGUUGUCUCAAUAGUGUUUUCUGAGAUGAAAAGAGCCAUGAUACUAAUUAAUCUUGAAUACUGGAUGAUCUAUACAUUUGAAUUAUGGGGUUUACAAAGUAAGCAGUGGACUGUAUAGAUUUAAUUGAAAAUAUAAACCAACCACAAACCAACCAGAGAUGUUGUCCCCAAACACAUCUACAAACAACUGUUACAUAAAGAAGUACUUAAAAAAAAGAAAUAUAGGAAAUAUGCAUUGUUUAUGUAUCUAGACAUACAAAUUAUAGAAAUAGUUUCAUGAUUAUAUGUGUUGAUAGAGGUAACAUCACACAGAUAAAAUAGAUUAUUUGUGUGUGUAUAGAUGUGUGUUUACAAACAUACAUAUUUAUAUAGACAUUUGACUUUUGAGUCCAUCUGCAUGUGUGUCUCUGUGUAUAUGUGUGUUUGUCUGUAGAUGUAUGUGCAUAUUACAUAAUUUUUCCAGAAAAAAAAAGUUUUACUUUGACUGAUUCUUAAGCAAAUAUACAUUCCCUGGACACAAAUUAGUGAAAAACUAACAGCAGAAUAUAAGGUAGAUGCCUGAUGUAUGGAAGAGAAAAACAAGGUAUAUUUAAAAAUAUAUUUGAUUUAUGCUUCUGACAUUGUAUUAAAUGCAUAAUGAUAUAUAUACAUAUGUAGAUACAUAUAUUAUACAGAAUGUGUUUGAUCUUAACAAAGAAAGCCAUUUUAUCUGUUUUGUCAGACUCUUCCCUUCAGUAUCUUUUAUUCUAACAUGAUAUGAAUGGUAAUAUGUUCACAUAAAAUUGAGGAUGAAGUGACAUAUACAAACCAGGUACAGGAAAUUACCUUCUAAAAAUCCAAAGAGCCUUAUCAGACUCCAUCAAAUUAUGGAAGGCCAUUUAAAACCAGCGGAUGCAAUAGAAAUAGCAUUGAAUUAAAAGCCAGGAUCUCUUACCCUGUCACCAACUGACUUUGGAUAAAUCACUCUGAUUUCUCUACAACUUGUUCCUCUUGCUUUAAAUGCAGAAGUGAGUUAUAAUAAUCUGUGAAGUUUCUAUCAUUUCAACAUUCCUGAUAAAUGCUCAAUAGUAGCUAUUAUUAGUGGCAAUGUAGUAUUUAGCAUACAGUUAAUAUUCAGCAGGAAGCUUAAAUUUGUUAUAUCAAUGUUAUUUGUGGAGCUUAACAAGUUCCUGUCCAACUUAAAGCAUAUAUCCUGGAGGAAACCUAUUGAGGUUUGAACUCAUAUGCAACCUUGGAACUGUCUAUCAAGGACAACUUAGUAAAUUGAUAUUGAACACCACAGAGAGAAUGCUUUUCCUCUGUUAUAAUUGCUGCUGAAUGCUGGCCAAGUUUUUGGUUAUGCUGUACAUGAAUGAUCAGUUUUAGAACAUAAACAAUUUGCAAAUAUUUACUUUGUAUGAUAGCUAGGCAGAAAGGUAAGUAAGUACGUAGAUAGGCAGAAUUAUAUUAAUGAAAUUAUCUCCUUAAGCAAAAGCUUGGUAUUUACAUUUUCUCUCACAGUAUUUUAAAACUCAGAAUCAGUUAUUACAUCUCACUCUGUUUAUUAUUUUUAGGUUAUUAUGUUAGUAAAUAAGUUCUAUGAAGAGAAUGUUUAAACUCAUCUUCUCCAGCCACUCUUAGAAUCCUGAACCAAAAGUUUCCAGGAACACUUAACCUCCACUAGAAUAAAUGUUUUAAAUUACUGUUACAGCAGGACAAAGACAUUUAUUUUUGCCAGGACAUAAGUCUCUUUGAGGUAUGAUCUAUAUACAGGAUAGCUAUGUGAUAUACGUAUCAGACACUUUGGCUUAUUUAUGUAUAGCUUGUAUUUUUAUUCAUUGACAUUAAAAAUAAAAAUUUUCAUACUAUCAGA